AUGUCGCUGGCGGUCGUCCUCGCGCUGCCGGACCUCGUUGAGGCCAUCAUUGGCUUCGUCCCGUGCCCGUACGCUGCGCACGCCUUCCUCCAGCUCCUACCUGUCGACGGACUUUCCAGCGGCCUCCAAAGCUACCUCGCCCUCGCGCGUCACCUCCCGCCCAGCCAGCUCUGGCCGCGCAUGCAGGCCUCGUCGCUCGCACGCGCCAACCUCACGGCCUUAGCCUACGCGUCACUUCCCGAGAUUGGCGUGCUCGACAUUGAUACGUGGCGGUCGCCGCUGCUGCCAUGGCUGUGCACGUACCCGACGCUGCCAUUCGCCGUUUCAGCGCCGGCCUCGAUGCAGAGCGCUGCGUCCUGGCACGGCCACCGCCUUCUCGCCUGCGCACUCACGCUGCAGUCGUUCGACACGAUCGACCAGUUCGAGAGCGUUGCGUCGUGGCUCAGAGCCGCGCCCGCGCUACAGCACCUCCAGCUGCGCCACGAAGCCGACGUGACCAACGCCGACGGGCUCACUUGCUUGCUGGCCGCCGUCGCCACUUCGCGCAUCGUGGAGCUGGACGUCGCCAACGACACGGACGAUCACUUUAGCGAAGCGCUCUACACGUGGCUAGGAACGUGGUUGCGAAAUAGUGUGCGGCCGCGUGCGUUGCGGCUCACCGCGCUGCACGUCCCGGACGCCGAGAUGGUGUCGAAGCUCGUGUCGGCGUUGCGCGCGUGCAGCACUCUGCGGGAGCUCAGCUUGGCCUUUAUGGACGAUGUCGCGACCGCGCUUUUCCAGGCGCCGCUGCCUCGCACGCUCCGGCGCCUCAGCCUCAACAUCUCGCGCAUUCGAACGGGCGACGACUUUGUGCAGGCUAUUCGCGGCAGCCACCUCACACACGUAGCGCUCGUGAACCGGACGCGGCAAUUGGGGCCGACGUACGACAAGACGAUGGCCAAGGUGCUGUACGGCCUUGGUACCCUCCCGCGAGUGCGAAGCAUCGAGCUCACGUACAUCAGCAUGGGCGCGCGGUCCAAAGCCGCGCUGGCUGCGGCGUUGGUAGCGAUCGCGCCAACGCUGGAAACGCUCUCGCUCACGUGCUUUGGCUCGACGCCGCACUACCUCCCCGGCUGGCUUGCGCCUGUGCUGCUGCAGUGCACGGCCCUGCACCGCCUCGCGCUGCGCAACGUCUAUUGGUCGGCGGCCGACGUCUGCGACUGGCCCCUCUCGCCGUCGCUUCGGUUCGUGUGCGUCCGCGGUAGCAAGUUGGAGUGCGACGGCCAGGCGCUAGCGAGCAAGGUCGAAUUGUGCUGCCUCGACGACGUCGUCGCUUGCCACUUGGGGGACCCCGACCGCAGCGUCCAUGGCGUCCACGGCGACGGCGGCGGCCACUAUGACUGUUUGUAG